AUGGGGAAGGGCUUGAAUCAGGAAUAUGAUAAGAUCCACUGCCACUACCAGUCCCUCUGUCAUUUGUCAGACUGCUUCCAGAUGCGGCAGAACCAGAAUUACCAUUUCCUGUUCCACUACUUCCACCUCCUGAAGCUCCACUACCUGAUGACCCGCUUGACCUUAAUAGAGCAGGGGAGUGGCCUGUUGCGGCAUAACCUAGUGACGGGCUUCCAGCUCCACCGAGAGAGGAUGGGAGUGAUCCAUAUGCAGAAUCUGUGCCAUACAUGUCAGCUGAGUAUGACUGACUUCGCCCACCAAGACUGCCAUAGCCCUUCCCAGCUGAAGCUGAACUCAGGUCUUGGGCUUGUGGGGAACUAA